AUGAUUUCACGGUUGCAUGAUCUUUGUUUGCCAAAUGAUGCUAAGGCCGGCUUCAACUUAGAUGGUGAUCGACAAUGUGCUCUUAUCAGUUUGGGCAUAUAUCUUAUUGAAUCGGAUCUUUCAAUUAUUACAACCAUUCUGGAAUCGGCUCAAGGCUUAAUCUCAGCUCUUGAAGACAACUAUCAGCAGUUAAUCGAACCUUUUCAAACCUUGACAAAUUUAAUUCGCCAAAAAAUCGGCGGCGCUUCGCCUGUGCCGACAUCAGAAUCCUGCCUUUUACGUGGACUUGGUCGGGCACUCAAGCCUCGCAGUUGUCAUCGUAGCAUUGUCUCGGCUCUCUUUCCGUCAGCGUUAGGGGCCCCGAAACGAUCUAGUAAUGUGAUCAUUCAACCGGAUUUCGAACAAAUCAGAGCAUUUAUCCCGGAUUUUCGGUCUAUAAUUCCAAAGUCGCUUGCCACUCUAAGCAGUCCUCCGUCAACCUGCGAGGCUUGUGGUAAGCGUCGGCCAACAGAAGAAGGGGAUGCGCUGGAUGAGAAGUCACUCUCAGAUGUAGUUCGUUCGGCUGGAACGUAUUGUUCCUUCGCCCACAAGGCAGGUGCUACACCCAAUGUUGGGAGUGGUCGUUGUUGGCUAAGUCGUAAGGGCAGUGAAUAUCUACUGUGCAGUGUCGCUUCCGUCUACGGCAGCCGAUUACCCCACCGCGCGGUUCUCAAUCCUGAUGAGGAGAACGACUGUGCGGAUCUCGACAUGAUUACUUUUUCGACUAGCCAUAUGAAGACCAUUCUAAAGAUGGCCACGGUUUUCCUCCAAGAACGUCUUAUUAAGUGGCUUGAUGCCUUAGCAGCCCUUUUUUGGCGCCGUCGACUGCGAGGGAGUAGUUAUCCAUACCGUUCUUUUGGCAGUUGUUUUCGGCUGUGUUACCUCCUCCUUUUCCGUGAUAUUUUGCGAAACAAAAAACAAAAAUUCAACGAAAAACUAGUAUCUACUGUUCGAUCUAUAAUCGAGGAUAUUUACUCCACUUACUACGUUGAGCAGGUCAAUUUGGUUGCUGAAGUAACAUCUCAAGUGGCUCGGCGCUCAGCAACCUUCGCCCAUUCUCAGGAUGCGUGUCGAGAAUGGGACCCUGAAACUCCUCUUAAGGCUAUGUCGGAUACCCGACACUCUCCACUAUCGACUAAUAUGGAUGAUGCAGCUGACGAGAGCACUUUUGCGGUGCUCGAUUCUUCAUCUGUGCAUUAUGAUCAAAAUUGCGUUGACGAUGGCUCUGGCCAAAAGCAACCAAUCGAUAGAGCGACUGACGAGGUUAACCACCAGUCGCGAAGAGAUGUUAGGCGAAACUUCUUCCUGCCUGAACAAAAUUCGACUGACGGCGUUAAAGGUGUGCCACCACUGACUGGUCGUCUACAACAAUCAUCCACUCCCCCGCGUCUCGAUUUUGACAUUGUGGUCGCCAAAAUGUUUGACUUUGAGCUGGUCAUUUCUUCUCUUGCAACCUGCCUUCAAAUUCUUGCGCAAACCGCAACUGAAUACAAGGAUGCGGAAAGUUUGCUGAAUCGCCUGACGGAGCGAAUGAAAUCAGCAAUUGAUCCACCAGCUCCAGCCUUGACACCAACAACUCCGGGGUCUUUCUCACCCUCACCAUACGACACGGUUCAGAACUGCGGUACUCUUCAUGGCGAGUUGAGCAAUCACUACCGUGCCUGUCGUCAACAGCAGUCAAACGCCUAUGCUGGUCUGCUCGUCGUGGUGCUUGAGUGUGUCGGUCAACUACCACAGCACACUCCCUACCUCUCUAAAGCUACACUAGAUUGCCUUAGCGAAUUCCUUCUCUAUCCGAGUCCUACUCUGAGCAAACUGAAUCGCAGCAUCUAUCGCAACCUGACCGGUCGGAGGUCAAAUGCAUCUGCCAGCAUCAAAGUACGAUUGUGUUUCCUGAAGCACUUCGCAUUUCUACUCUCAAAGUUUGUUAUACGUUUUAGAGUGUUGAUGACAAACCAGAGUUACGUGGAGAGUCUUUUGGCAGAACUUUCUCGGAAGUUAUAUAACGCUGCCACUGAAAGCGAUAGGGACACCGAUCUAAUUUACCAAAACGUGAUUCUCACCCUCGGUUGGAUGGGUGUAGAGUUGGCCACUGUUCCCAAGACACAAGAACAAGUUCUACAACUUAUUCAGCAGUGUCUUGAAAUUUCAGGUGUUUCCCUCGAGCUCAUCGAAAAAAUCAUUGACCAGUGUAGUUGCAUGGUGAUUGCUGGAUGCCCUACCGUCUACAAUCAGAUCAUGGCGCUCUUCAUGGAUCUCAGUGUCAAAUCAGCCAAACUCUGCCUCUCCUCUGGUCCCAUUCCAGAUCCCGACAAUGAACGGAUGUUCGUUAGCGUUAUCAAUGGACUGGCUAACAUGGCUGCCUGGAUUCAAGGUGAGACCGAAAUGUUGGAUUUGCUUGGUCGUCUUCUGGAGCACUUUGUCCAGCUCGAAGUAGAACUACGAAUGGAUCUAAAAAAUACGGAGAUCCUCCUCCAUCGAUUUCCGCCGAUAACCGACCCGGAUGUUCGUCUGAGGAAACUCUUUCGAGACUUUUGGUUUAACAGCGUCGGUCGUGAUAUCAUCCAAUCGAGUUUGAAUCCUAAAAACCUGGAUUUGAGCUUUCAUGAGAUAGCCGCAAAAUCUCCGACGCUGCUCAGCAGGGAACCUCUUCGUUCUGACCUACAGUACGCCGAGUCUAAGGUUAUGAACCAGGCAACCCAGCAAAAUUUAAGGGACCGACUUUGCGCCAUUCUCGCUCCAACUACGAAGUCUGGAAGUUCGGACAGACCCACUGUCACCAGUAUUAAGCUAAUGAGCAUCACUCAGUCUGCUUACCUAAUGUCUGUCUACCAACUGGAAUCUCUCCGAAUCGAACAUUCCAAUGACUUAGAUGCUUUUCAAAAGAUGUUUCAGUACCUUGAGGACAGUACGAUUCGAUCUGAUAAAUCAGACAUGUGGGCCUGCAUUAUGCAAGUGACUGUGCGGAUCUUUCAACGGUUACUUCAACGCCUGAGCAAUAUGGCAAUGGACAGCAAACGGGAAGAAAUAGUUGAUAUGCAUGCCCAAUUCCUCCUGGUAAAAUUCAACCAUAUUCAGAAAGGUGUCCGUAUUGUUGCCGAUCAGUUUUUGAGCGAUCUAGCAAGAGCGUUUCCACACGUUAUGUGGAGCGGAAGUGUUUUGUUCACAAUGCUUGACAUUACUGAGCUAUUGGCUCAAUCCCUGGAGGUCGGUAUGAACCAAGUGCCACCUGUGUACACUGUUCCCGGCACCAACUUUCGUCUUUCCGUAAUGGAGACGCGUCAAGAUCGACAACAAAUCCUCUCCGAUUUUGUGAAACGCUGCACCUCGGUUAUCGAAGAGGGCCUCAAGUGGGCCCCCGGACUGGUGCGAUCACACCUCGCUGAGUACGCUCUGCAGCGAGAGCACUCUUGGCAGGGGCUUCGGCGCCACACCGGCCUCGCGCUCGCAUCUGAAAUAGUUUUCAAUUACAACGGACCCCCUAGUCGCGUUAUUCAUCAUUUUAUGCUGGGAGUGUUAGAAAAACGGACAAGUAGCGCAAAAUACGACUACUCAAACUUUGUGUGCAAUCUAACCCUGCGUAGCAAAUUCCUGGGUCAGAUCAAUGGACUGUUAAAAAAAAAAGUUGAUCUAAGUCGUAUUGUUACAGAUGCCAUUCAGGAAUUUGAAGAUGCCUGCGCCAAAGCUAAGGAAUAUGGGGAAACAUUGAACCCCAAAAGCACUGAAUUUGAGGCCAUAGAAACAAGUCUCUUCACAAUCACUGCUCUCUUGGUGGCACGUGAAGAACAGCCGCCCUCCUCCAAGUCCGACCGGUACGACGAUGUUACGGUAGUGGACAAUAGAAUGUGCUCCUGCACUGCAACAUCCAUCAGUUCAAUCCAACGGAAUCAGGCCUUUAUUAUACAGGGUGUGAUGGUCAGACGGCUUCUUCAACAGCUCUGCCGGGCACCGCUAAAAAUCUUUGCACCAGCCAUGGUUGAACUCGCCAUUUCUUGUUGGUACUGGCUUCUGGCGGCUCGUGCGAACCUAAAAUUACAGUUUACAAGCGAAAUGAACGCUGCGUGGAAGUAUACAGUAGAUCAAGGAAUGGGCGCUUUCUCUGAUGAGGCAGACGACCUUGACAAAGACAGUUCUUUCAUAAAUCUUUCUGACUCGGAAACAUCAUCAUCCAGGAGGACUUAUGCGUUGCCUCAUUGUCUUUGGGCUGACUUUAUCUCCGAACGCUUAUAUGUAGCUCAAUCAUUAAGUCAAGAGGAGGUAAAACUGUACAUUAGCCUUCUCCAGUAUAGUCUUUCUGGGGAAGUCGACUAUUUAUCGCGUAGCAGGAACAAUGGGCUUGGAACUGAUGCCAUUAAAGUGAAAAAUCCGGUCCGUGCAAGUCUUUCGCGCUCCAUGAACGCAAUGGGUGUUCGUUUUCGCCUUGCAAAGAUGGCGCUUGGUUUGCUUCAUAGUGCUGCAACUGCGCAUACCUCUCAAUCGGACAUGACUGAUAAUUUAUCCACCGGAAGUGGUACUACUGGUGUCGGUGGUGCAGUUUCAGCAAAUGUCUCCCCUACUGCGAUGGUGGGUGUAGGACAAACUGGAAUAUCUGCCUCUUCUAUGGGGACCGCAACAACUGCAUUGGGCGGUGGAAGCUGGACAGCUUCAAAAGCGAUUCCUAUACACACUGCUCUUACUUUGCCUCCAAUCGUACGAUUGUCACUCCGAGAAAAAGUAUAUUCGACCUUAAUAAAUUAUUUCAGUUCAGAGCCCUCUUACCCUCUCCAAACCGGCGUUAAUCUUCGGGACGAUAUCCAAGUCUUGAUAGGCAUUCGCAAAGCUAUUAAUGUAGAACGUCGAUAUCUUUCCUGCCAUCACUUGAUGAGUGAAGAAGCCGAAGCUCUAACGCAAAUAUCGGGUCAUGGCGGGGCAUUUGGAAGUACAGAUCUUAGCCCUCUGAUAUCCACACUUAAUCGCCACGAAACAAAUACUUUGACGACUACAAGCGUUAUUCUUCCAGCUGGACAUGCGGUUGUCACGAGGUGUUCGAGCUUCCACACGCCUACACCCACCACCCAACUUGCACAGAUCUCAACUAGUCCAGCUCCUGUCUGCAAGUAUCGUUCCAGUGGACCUGCUCCCUAUUUGUCCAUGAAUGUCAACAAUGAUGGCUCUGGAAAUGCUUAUUCCUCAUGCCCUUCUGGAAUGGUCAACAGUCUGAGUCAGCUUAAAUCGUAUGCAACAUAUGCGGGGACUGUCUCUCUCCUUUCAAAGCGCUCUUCUGCGCUAGGUAAACGAAUGACAUCUUCACCUGUCAAUGAAGAGGCAAUAAAGUCAUUCUAUACGCGAAAACAGGAGCUUUUGCUACUUUUAUUGGCCACGGAAAUAGAACGUCUGGUAGUGUGGUACAAUCCACAGGGCAGUGCGGAGCUCACCCUGCCGGGUGAGUCAGAUGUGGAGGUCUGGUUGCGGAAGGAGCUUUUACGUGAGAAGAAUCUGGGAAACUGGGCCCAACUGGCUUGGGAAUUCUGUCCGGCUGCUGCCAUUUUUCUCCAACGCCGGUUACGUGGUUCAGAUCAGGUCCGAGAAGAAGUGAGUCGUUUGGUUCGCCAAUCUCCCACAUUGGUUUCUCACGUCCCUGCGGCUCUCCAGUACUUAGCCAAUCCCUCAAACAUUGAGGCUGAUAUUCCCGAGCUUUCACAUAUCCUUUCCUGGACUUCUGUGGCUCCAGUGACAGCCAUAUCCUACUUCUCCCGCAUGUAUCCUCAGCACCCUCUCACACAUCAAUACGCCGUCAGAGUCCUUGGCUCUUACACACCGGAAACUCUGCUCUUUUACGUACCCCAAUUGGUCCAGGGGACUCGAUAUGAUAAGCUGGGUUACAUGUCCGAAUUCAUUUUGAGCUCUGCGCAUCGAUCACCACUGUUGGCACACCAGUUACUCUGGAACAUGAAGACUAACAUCUAUCAGGAUGAGGAGGGUCACGAUAAGGAUCUCGAUAUUGGUUCGCAGUUGGAGUGGAUGUCUGAAGAAAUAACAAAGCGUUUCUCGGGGCCUGCACUCGAGUUCUUCAAACGCGAGUUCACAUUCUUUGAUCAGAUAACAAGUGUGUCUGGUGAAAUACGGCCGUACCCAAAGGGUCCGGAGCGCAAGAAGGCUUGUUUGGAGGCUUUAAGAAAGAUAAAGCUCCAACCGGGUUGCUACCUGCCUUCGAAUCCAGAUGCGAUUGUUCUUGAAAUUGAUUACAAUUCAGGAACACCAAUGCAAUCUGCCGCCAAGGCUCCUUAUUUGGCCAAGUUUAAGGUUUCUAGAUGCGGCAUCACCCAAUUGGAGAAGACGGCCAUUCAGGCGGCGUCAGAGGCGGCCUCUGUCCUUGCAACGACAGCGUCAAAAGGCGGUCAAAGACCUACCACGGAGACCCCUGCACCUUCGCGAAAAGACUCUCAUAUGUUCUCCCUCAAGAGUUCCUUGCACGUUGCAUUGUUACUCGUUUGUUCUGUUCGAGCUCGUCGACAAACAAGCACAACAAAUCAGCCAAGCUUUCCUAAAGGCAGUGGUAAAACAUCCAAGAGCGAAUCGGUUAAUUCACACCAACUACCCUCAGCUACCUACUGGCAAGCCUGCAUUUUCAAAGUAGGUGACGAUGUGCGCCAGGAUAUCCUGGCUCUACAGGUCAUUCGAAUAUUUCAAAACGUUUUCUACCAGUACGGAUUAGAGCUGUUCCUCUAUCCCUAUCACGUGGUUGCUACGGGUCCAGGGUCUGGCGUUAUUGAAUGUGUUCCGGAUAGUAAGUCGCGUGAUCAAAUCGGUCGUCAAACCGACAGUGGCAUGUACGACUAUUUCCAGAGCAUUUUCGGGGAUGAGACUACACCGAAAUUUCAAGAGGCACGGAGGAACUUUGUCGUUAGUAUGGCAGCGUAUAGCGUGGUAUGCUACUUGCUGCAAAUAAAAGAUCGUCACAAUGGUAAUAUAAUGUUGGACAAGGAAGGUCACAUUAUACACAUCGAUUUUGGCUUCAUGUUCGAGAGUAGUCCGGGCGGCAACCUGGGAUGGGAGCCGGACAUUAAGUUGACGAAGGAGAUGCUGAUGAUUAUGGGCGGAACAACUGACAGCCCAGCUUUUCAGUGGUUUGAGCAGCUCUCCGUGCGCGCCUUUCUGGCACUGCGGCCAUACCGUGAGGCGAUAGUGGCACUGGUUUCAGCUAUGUUGGAUUCGGGACUGCCAUGUUUUCGAGGGCAAACAAUUAAGCUAUUGCGCCAACGCUUCAUGCCCAGCCUCUCAGAUCGUGACGCUGGCAAUGCCUACAUCCGCCUCGUACGGGCUUGCGUCGACCACUGGCGCGCCAAGUCUUAUGACAUGCUGCAAUACUACCAGAAUCAAAUCCCCUGCUAA